GCGGGCUGCGACCGCGGUCGUGAGGAACGUUGCGGGGCGGUUAGUGACCUCUCAGAGUCCGCGAUAAAUGGUGCGUCCUGCCUUAGCUGUUCAUAAAUAGCAAGAGUGCCCUGUCCAUCCAGAAAGAGCUUUAACUGCAAGAAUUGCAAAUUAACAAUAACCUUGAAGAGAAGAUUGGGUUUAACUGUUGGAUCCUGAGUUUUUCAAUAAAGAGAGUUGAAUGCUGUAAGAAGGAACUGGAAAUGAAAGAACCAUCAUGAAAAAGAUCUCAAAGAGAAAAGAAGAUAUGAAAAAAAAGAUGCAGAAGAAAAUCAAAAUGUAAUGGAAACGUUGAGAGGCAAAGUAAAAGAGAAGCUAAAAAAUGCUAAGAUUAAUCAAGGUGAAAAAUCCUCACCUCAGCUACUCAUUGAUGAGAAGAUAUAUCAGUGGCCUAAGAUCGAAGUCUCCCUGGAUGAAGGUCUUUGGUUUUUCAUGCCAAGUGGUGAAGAAGGCUCAGCUGUGGGCUGGUGUUCAGAGCAGAGAUCGGUAAAUGAUAGUUACCCCAAACAUUUUUCACCUGGUGAUAAUUUACAAAAUUUUGCUGAAGGCCAAGAUGAAGAUUUUAUGGAGGAAAUCAUUUCCCCAGAUUUACUUGAAGUAAAAGCUGCUGAAUAUGAAGAUAAUCAAGAACAAAUAAAAAAACAACAGGCAAACAUUUUUGUGCCAAGUAAUUCUCCAGUGGUCAACCAGCGUAAACUGCCAAAAGAUAUGAUUCCACGCAUUUUAGAAGAUGAAGGAUUCUAUAUUCAGAGAAAGCCACAAAUACAUAAAAAGACCUGCAACAAAAUGGAAGAUCGCCUGCUUACCCUAGAAGAGGGAAAGUGUUGGUUUGAAGAGAGUGGAGAAAUUAUGUCAUUACCUUCACCCAUUAGACAGUCAUGGAAUUUCAGGCUAACCACAAGCAAGAGAUCUUUAAAUCCAGCGCUAAAGACCAUAUACAGAAAGGCAGUGAAACCUGAUCUGGAAAGCUCUAUUAGGAACAAAAUGGAAGGUCAAAGGAAAAUGUACCAAUUAGAUCUCAACAUUGUGGGUUUCCAAUUCAGCCAUCAUCCUCUCUUCAAUCAAGAACAAGUAUUAUGUGCUAGGCUGCUUCAACUUUGUGAGUGUUUCCAGGACAGGCAGCAACAGAAUUUACCUCAGCUGCUUUAUGAGAAGCUGAAAGCACUGACAGAUGCUACCAAAUUAGCAAACGAAAAUUUGGAAAUAAGCCAACUGACCAAAAAAUCUUUACAAGAUUAUUAUUGGCAGAUAAGUAAUACAAAACAGCGCUAUGAGUUAGAAAGGGGAAAAGACUCCUCUCUAUUACACAGUAUAUUACGGACUUGGAAACAAAUAAAAUCCCUUCGACAACGGCAGGGGUUUACAAGCACCCCAGUAAAGUUACAGUUUCAAAGGAUAAAAAUGAAUAAAUGUGAUGAACUAAACCAAGAAGAACUGUUAGAAAUGUCUGAAACUGAGAAGAAAACUGAAGGAAAAGCAUUUAAGAAUGGGGAAAAACAGGAGAGCUUCUCAUAUUCAGCUUCAGAACUUGAAGAAUCAGAUAUUAAAAGAAUAAGGCCAAUUACCUUGAUGCCACAACUCUCUUUCACUGCAGAAUUAACAAACUUAUCCAAGUGUUCACUGCACGAACAAAAGAGGAGAGCCAAAAUUCAGAAGCUUAAGUAUUUUAUUAAAAUAUUAUACAACAAUAAACAGGUUUCUUGCACUUCAGUAUCUCCUCUUCAGUUUGAUUUUAAAGUCAUGUUCCAGCAAAUUUUCAAUAUUCAGUUAAUAUACUGGCCUGAAACAAUUUGCUUGGAGAUUUAUGAGAUAAGUAAAAGGACAAGCUUAUUGGCAAAACUAUAUUUACCUUUACCUAACAACACAGAGUUGAAAAGCAAAACUGUUUUGGAAUAUGUAGAGUUUAGCUCUGAUGAGCUCGUCAUACCUGCAUAUGGAGAAGUAGGAAGCAAUGUACCUUUUCUUCUUGAGGGAAAUGGAACUGAGGAACUUUGUCUUUUGACAUCAGGAAAACUGAGCUACUCUCUAUCGUGGGCUUUAGACGAAAAUGGUAUUCCUCGCACACCCAUGUCACAGUCAUUAAGAUCUGCUUACUGCAGUGUGUUAAGGAAUGUAGAUGCAAGAGGGGUUCCUGGAAUUCCAUGGCUCAUUAAUGCACAGAAGCUUUUUGAGUGGGCAAAUGAAGUAAAAAUCGAUCCAAAUAAUCCAGAAUAUUCUGAUUUAAUGGAAUUUAUUAUGUACGUGACACAUAAAGGACAGGAUAUUCCAAAAUCUUUUCGUCUUGAACAGUUGCAGGAUGAAUUUAACUUUGUUUCUGAAGAAGACAUGAGAAAGAGUAAACGUUUCCAGCUAUUGCAACUUAGAAAUGCAGGUCAAUUAGACAUUUUCCUUCUGCAGCAAAUACCCCUUUAUGACAAAGAUAUUCCAGAUUUAGUCUUCCAGGAAUAUGAAAGUCAGAUAGAGAAGGAUAUCGCCAUUUCAGAUGUCAAUUCUAUUACUGCACAAAGGAUUAAUUCUGCCAAUUUUCUGAAAAAGGUAACAAUAACAAAAUAG